AUGGACGAGCCCAGCGUUGGCUGGGCCGAGGAGAGAUACGAGGAGAUCAAGAAGAAGAUCAGCCCUUUCCUGAAGCAGUCAGGCUACAAGGACGAACAGGUCCUGUGGCUGCCCAUCAGCGGGCUGUCGGGGGACAACGUCAAGGAGCGAAAGAACAUCCCCGCCGGGUACCAGGGACCGACCCUGAUGGAGAUGUUCGACAACCUGGAGACACCAAAGCGCGAGUCGGAUCAACCAGUGCGGAUACCCAUGCUGGACGGCUACAGGGACAUGGGCGCCGUCACCGCCAUCGGCAAGGUGGAGCAGGGCACCGUGAGGCCCGGCAUGAAGUGCGUACUGCUGCCGACCGGGACGAAGUGCACGAUAGCGUCCGUGUUCAUCAACAACACGGAGGGCGAGCCGGAGGACAUGUCGCACGCGCCGUGCGGCGAGAACGUCACGAUGAAGGUGACGGGCUGCUCUGAGGACCAGCUCGCCAAGGGCUACGUGCUGUGCCCAGUAGCCGAGCCCGCCAGAGUUGUGACCAAGUUCAAGGCGCAGCUGCAGGUUAUCGAGCUGCCGGAGGACCGCCGCGCCGUUCGUGCCCAACGGGCACUGGGCGCGCUGGAGGCAGUGUGCCCGCCCGCGUCGCUGCCGCCCGAGGACCCGGGCAAGGCGUGCCCGCCCUGCCCGGAGGCGCCGCCGUGUCCGACGGUGCCCGCGGUCUGCGCGGUGCCGGAGAUCUCGCCCGCGGAGGCGGAGGCGGACCCCCUGGGCACGCUCCUCGCGGCAGUCCUUGAGCUCUGGAUGGCGUCGCUCCCGCGCGACGCGGCGCAGGAGUGGUGGAGGCACCUGGUGCCAGGCCAGCGGCUCGUCGUACGCUAUAGUGACGACCCUGAGGUGGAGGAACGCCUGCUUGGGAUCGCCCAGGUGGCGCUGCUGGAGGUCAUGGGGCCCGACGACGAGCUCGUGGAUUGGCCCCCGAUCAAAAGCGCGACGGUCGGGACGACAGUGGAUCGCUCCGACUCGCACUUCGUCCCCAGGAUUGCGCUGGGCGGGCUGUUCGCCUUCGACGAGGUCCUGAGACGCGUGGGGGCGCUGCUGCCCGAGGACCUGCCUGGCUACGUGGCGCGGAGGCGUGCGGAGAUGGGCCUGAGCGACUUUCUUACUGCCGAGGAGGCACCCCUUCCAUCCUGCUGA